UUAAAUUAAACCGCGAUAGAAAAACUAAAGCAAACAAUUUUUUGCAAAUAAAAUAAAAAUGUAAAAUUAUAAAGCAUGGCAAACAAAGUUCCUAAACCUUAGUAAUAAUAAUAAUAAAUAUUUUACACAUAAAUGAUGACGAGAUCGAUAGUAAAAUUUUUACCAAUUAUAAAAAUUAACCCUUAAAAAAUUAAAACAAAAAAGUGGUUUGGUAACCACUCACGAUUCAAUGCUGCUCUCGGAACAGAGUUCCACAACAAAAUAAAUUAGUUAAAAUAAAACAUAUUUUUUCAGCAAUUAAAAACCAUAUAGCCAAACUCAUGUAAAUGUUAAUAAAUCUGAAAAAUAACUAAAUGAAAAGGCAAGCAGCCGGAAGUAGCGGAAGUUAUUAUACGGAAAGUAACACAAACAAAUCUGCAGCAUUAUAUUGAGCAAAACUUUAACACUUGAAAGCGAAAGCUUUAUUUGUUUGUGUUCCACUAGUAUCUGCAUAGCAUACUUGAAGGCGCACAGAAAGUAUUCGCGCCGCACACAUAACGAACAAUGAAUAUGUCACCCAACACAAUGAACUGUUGCGCUGUACUGACGCCAACGGCGGCAAGCACUCUCCUGCGACGCAAUGACACGCAGCGCAUUUUGUCUUUGGCCAGCAGCCACAACAUCGCUUCGGCGCAACAGUUGGCCGAUGUGGAGGAGUUGUGCACGUGGCGUCAUAGAAGGCGACGCGGCAGUAACGACUGCAAAAGCCCCGUUCAGUGUGUAGACUCCACGUCAACGCCGCCACCAAAUGCAAGAACACCAACGCCAGCAGCGACACCGUUCUUAAUGCCGGCAGAUUUCUACAAAAGUUUGCUCGUGAGCGCAGCCGCUUUGCAGCAACAACAGCAGCAACAACAUCAACUGCAGCGACAAAGACAGUUAUAUGAAAAUGAAGUCGAGUACGAGCGUAAAUCGCCGGCAGUCUCCAAGCGUGCUGAAUCACCUAAUACUGCUCAUUUCUCACGUAAUUUCUUCUUCUCAGCGGCAGCGGCUGCAGCUGCAGCUCAACGCAGCGCUGUCGCUGCGGAACUGCCCGGCGAGGCGGCCGGGGAUUCAAAUGACAGCACGAACGUUAGCAAUCAUAAGCCAAACAAUUAUUCCUGGCCCCUGGCAGCUGUCACACCACCGAGCGCAAUAGCCGCGCAAGCGAAUACAGCGACACCGACCAGCACCACUGGUUCUGCUAUAAAUCACACGUCUUCACAUAUUGCCCUUUUACCGUCUUCCGGCUCGGCCACACCGACACCUCCCGUCGGCGGAUUAGAUUUGCAUGCCGCGGUCGCUGCUGAAGCGACACACAAUUUUGAGAGCACGCUAAAGUCGCCCGCUCAACAAUCACUGUCAUCUCCAACACAGCGACAACAACACAACUCCUCGUCGGCAAGCCACCUGAGCAAUUCACAACAAUCACAGCAACAACAUCAGCAUCAGAGUUUGCAUUCGACCGGCUCGACACCCAGUUCGCCUACAGCGGUCAGUGCAGCGUCGGAAGCAGCAGCAGCAAGCACGGCCGCAGCCGUCGCCGCCACCAUGCCGAUUGGCGGCGUUCAGGGGCAAAACCCCACGCAGGGUUUAGUACAUUGGAUGAGUGCUGUUAUGGCCGAACAUAUGACUGGGCAGACGCAUCACGAUCCGACAGGUGUCGGCAUGCAUUACAUGUGGAAUGGUAAUGUCGAUUGUGGACAACAUAGUAAGGAGAUUGCCGAUUAUAACGGAUGGCCAUCAGCGGCGGCAACUCGCAGCCACAUGUCAGCCAUCAAGCAAGGAUAUGAGGCUAAAAUGAACGACCAUCACAAUAACUUACAAAAAGGUCACUUUCUCGAUGAUAGCCGCCUCGUAGAUCAUCAUGCUGUUACGCCGCAGGGUAAUCACAGUGGCAUGGCAUCAGCUGCUUCUAUUUAUGGACCUAGCGCCACAUUGCGAACCAUUGCCACUUCGAACAGUAGUUCACCUGCUGGAGGAGGAGGAGGUAAUGGUGGCGGCGGUAGUUUAGUCACUGCUCCGGGUAGUCUAGGUCUUAUCGGAGCCAGCAAUGGUGGCAGUAGUGGUGUCGGUGGCGGCGGGCUUGUUGGUCUUGGCGGCGCGAGCAUUGGUGGCAUUGCGCAUCAUGCGCCGACAGCGUCUAAUCACAUGGCGCAUCAUCACAGCGCAUCAACGGCUGCCUUGCUGGUGGUACCGCAGCCGAUCAAUGCAAGCAAAAUGAAUGUCACAUUGGGAGCCGGUGGCAGCGGUACAGGCAGGAAGUAUCAGUGCAAAAUGUGUCCGCAGAUUUUCAGCUCGAAAGCGGACUUGCAGCUGCACACACAAAUUCACAUGCGCGAGGCCAAACCCUACAAGUGUACGCAGUGCUCCAAGGCGUUUGCAAACUCUUCCUACCUGUCGCAACACACACGCAUCCACCUGGGUAUAAAGCCGUACCGCUGCGAGAUUUGUCAGCGCAAAUUCACCCAACUGUCCCAUCUGCAGCAACACAUCCGCACCCACACCGGCGACAAGCCAUACAAGUGCCGACAUCCCGGCUGCCAGAAAGCUUUCUCACAACUUUCCAAUCUGCAGUCGCACUCGCGUUGUCACCAAACGGACAAACCCUUCAAAUGUAAUUCCUGCUACAAGUGUUUCUCGGAUGAGCCCUCACUGCUCGAUCAUAUACCCAAGCACAAGGAGUCUAAGCACCUGAAGACACAUAUUUGCCAGUAUUGCGGCAAAUCGUACACACAAGAGACAUAUCUAACCAAGCAUAUGCAGAAGCACGCGGAGCGCACGGACAAGCGACCACCGAUCGCCGCUUUGACCGCGAGUGGUAAUGUCACCGGCGCUGGCGCGUCCUUAGGCGGCAGUGCCAACAGCGCGCCUGGCAGCAAUGUGAAUGGGGGCAAUAUGGCAGGCGGUGCUGCGGGCGGCACUAGUGGGGUUGGUAUUGGUGGUGCGGGUGUGAGCAGUUUGCCAAAUUCGAAUACACACAAUCGCCAGACGCUUGGCUUGCCGCCGGUGUCGAUAGCACCCACCGAGCAUUCGUAUUGGCCUAAGGUCAGUCCAGACUCCGCCGCAAAUAUGACAGAUGUCAUGCAUCAACAGCAACAGCAACAACACCAACAGCAGCAGCAGCAUCACCAUCAUCAACAACAGCACCAACUCGGCGGCCAGCAACACCAUCAUCAGCAGCAACAACAGCAGACGCAACAACAGCCGCCGCAACAGCAACAGCACAUGGACUUUUCGAAUGUAAAUUCAGGUGGCGGAAGUAGCGCUGGUGGCGGAGGCGGAGCCAGUGGAUCUGGUGGGCCGCCAAACGGACAUGGCGAGCUGCAAACGCAUCAUCGAAUGAGCGACAACGGUCGGGACGAAAUCGUGUCUACACCAUCCACUGUUGGACCAUACGAUGCGGCGAGUAUCACGAAGACUACUAGCAAUUCAGCGUUCACCCCGAUCAAUUCAAUGCCGCCACAUUUGAAUACACUUAGCCAUCAUCCUAUGGCGCAGCGUCCGUACCUCUACGAUGCUAUCAGCUUCCAGAAUAAAAAUGUCAAUCAAAAUAAUUCCAAUUCAUUUCCAAACCAACUGAUAUCACUUCACCAAAUUAGGAACUAUGCGCACCAGCCGGCCGGUCUGAUGGCGGGCGAACAUUUACUCGGCGUUAGUGUGGGACCGGGUAAAGAUAAAGGAUAGCUAUAUUUUUAAGUGCGAAAGCACGAACGAUUUGGGGUCGAUUACUUAGAUGUACUAGAUGAAUAUGUGAACUAAGGGCUGCUUUAUUUGGUGCGAGCAUUUUUGUGAUGAAUUGAAUAAUGAUUAUUUUUAAACUAAAAUUCAAAUCCUGUAAUUAAGAAAACCAUAAUGCAAAAGUGAAAAAGCGUUAGAAAAGGUCGUGAAAGAAAAAAGAGCAUAUAUGUACAUGUGGAUCAGAAAAGUUAGGCGAUUAAACGGACUUACAAAAACUGGCCAGAGGCAGAGAAAGUUUCUUUUAUAUUUAAUUCUUGGAAAGAUAAAUUGGUUUUCUGUGGUUAACAUUAUUUUUUAAAUUAAUAUAAGUAUUUACAUAUUUAGUUUGUUCCCACGAUAAAAUAGGGUUUUGAACCUCAAUUUCCGUCCAUGAUAUUUUUCAAAAGUACAUAAUCGGGUACAGCACGCCAGAACUAUUUUGGCGAUACCAAGAAGAAACUGUCACUUAUUCAUAUUUAUACAACUUACGAUUUGACUAUAUAUUUUUAUAACACUUAAGGUCUAUGGCGGAAUAGUUACCUGGAGAUUCUUCGGAGAAUUGAUGAAUUAACUAUAAAUCUGGAGCAGCUUAAUAAGGUUUGGAGAGCACAAAACGUCUCUCUCUCUCUCUAUUAAAAAACAGUAUCUUUUUUGAAAUACACGAAACGAGGUUUAUGAAAGAGAUUUUAUGAUCUUAAAUUUCUCUCUUGAUGCAUAAGAUUAAGCUACGCUGAAUAAAUGAGAGUAGUAGAUGAUGGUUUGGGAUUCACUAUAAAGAGUUCUUGGCUCACUCAACCCUACUUCUAGCUGAUCCAAUGUACCGUGAUCAGCUACUUGUCGAACUUACUGUGUUAGAAAUGGUGUUAUUCUAAAUCCACACAACAACAAAACUUUUAAAAUUCCUCUCACAUAAUCUUAGUCUGUAGUGUUUUCUUCCAACCAGUUUCGUUAUUUUCCAAUCGUUUGGCCAACCAACUUACGAGUUUAAUAACAUCGGUCAGCAGCACUUUUGGGCACGGGCUUUACAUAUCACAGUUUUGUUGCUUUUUUACUACGAAAUACGAAUAAGAAUAUGAUAAUUUUCUGCAAUACUGCCUUAAAACUGUUCCAGUUGUUUUUCUCCUCAUUGCUAAGUAACUUGGGGAAAAUAUCACAAUCCACAAUUUUUUUUUUUUUAAUUGAGGGCUUAUACCUGUAAAUAUUCCAUCUGUUAGUUUCGCCCCUGAAAGCUUUGGAAGAAAUUCUUCAAAUAGCAGAAAGCUUCGGACUUUUGAUUAAGAGCAUUUAGAAAUUGUUUAAUAAGAGAUAUGCAAUGAUGACAUUAGUACAGUUUUAGCAACGACAAUCGACCUCUUUCACAAUGCACUUUCCCACUUCGUAAUAUGUGAGCCGGAACAUUCCUGCUAUCCCAUAGGGAAAUGCAACAACAGUAACCUACCAUCUUGAAGUCUCCAAUAACGAAAUAUUUAAGUCCCGUUAAUAGCAUUUAACUCUCGUAAUUGUAAUUUUCUUUGAAAUAUACGGAAUGUGCCCAUGGGUUACAUGAAGCAAGUAAACCUUUCACGUCAUGGCAGAGGCCAGCUUCCUUACUGAAGAAACAAUAAACAUUUUCAUGUCGUUUUCUUUAAUGCGAAUUCGUAUAUCAGAAUUCACCAAAUUCCAUUGUUAUUCAACCAUUCAAUUUGCUUUAAUUUUAAAUAAGUUAAAGUAUCUUAUAAACUCAUUGAAAUAUUCGGAGUUAAUGAAACGCUGUAUUUUGUGUAUGAUUCCAGAACGAAUUCGAAAUGUAUGCGAAAACCGCCAUUAUACAGGUGCGAAAAUAAAAAUGGUCAAAUCGCUAUAAUUUCUUAAAAAGCUAAUAUUUCCGAUUUGUAAUGAUCCUUUCCCAUAUAAACAUAUUUGCUUAUAGCUAUGCAUAACCUGAAUAUAUUAAGUAAACCCCGUGCUGACAAAACAAUUUUUCUUGACCUGUGUAAUAAGCGUAAAUGAGUACCGGAAAUCGCCAUAACCUGAAUUAAAAUUACAUUCAAUACAGUAGAAUAAAAUACUUAUUUCGCUGUACCCAGCCGUUCUGUAUAAUACAUUCUACUUGCUAGGAUUUGAAUUGAUUCAACAUUUUUCCAUAUUUGCUAAAAGAAUUUCUCAAACAAUCGUGAGCCAUAAAUAUUGAGCUUCAAAUUUAAAUUAAAUUAAUUUUACCACUGCACUGGACUUUCUGAUAAUAUAUUUUCAAAAAGAGGGAAUUGUUGAAAUAACCAUUCUUUUUUCAAAAUAUAUUUCAACCUAAGCCUGUAUUACAGCCUCCAAGUUAUUGUUUAAAACUUACAUUUCUUUAUCCUCCUUCUCCAAUAGUUAUUACAUACCCAAAACAUAAAGAACUUGAUUGAAAUGAAUUGUAUAAAAUAAGCACAUUAGGGUGGACUGUAGGACGAUUCCAACCAGCUGGGAAGUUUGGAGGUAUAGAGAUAACAUUAAAAAAAAAUUUACUAACAUAAAUUUUCCAUUUUCCACAAAUUUGUUGUUCUGAUUUCCUAAAUGCCAUUUUCAGUUUUGAGUCAUCUUAAACUAAUAAGCAUAACGCUCAGCAAAAUAUUCUAAUGUUUUUAAAGUUAUGUACCAAUUUAAUCAUAAUAAGUCUAAUAAGUCGACUAUUGAAGUAAAUACUACGAAACAAGCAACUAAUUAUGAAUUUUAUAGUAUUUUUUCCACGCUGCCACCUGUUUUAGUUUAACACGACUGCAAUAGUUUUUGAGAACGGUAGCCACGCAUUUAAAGUUUUCAUUCAGUUUAAAUGAUAAUUACAAUGUCUGCAUUAAACAGAAGACAACCUGACGCUUAAUGGUUUUCACCUACCUAGUACCACGAUAAUUUAUUGAAGAAAGUAUUUCUUUGAAGCACCGAAGUGAAGCCUGUGUGCUUCGGCAUUGUCGAACGAAAAAAGUAGCGCUUCGCCAACCUUUUUCACUGCGCCGACAUUCAUUGCAACUAUGAGACACGUGAUCUAUACUUCGUCCUCAACUUUCGGUACAGUUAUAGCAGAGUACGCGAUCAAUAAAGUUUCACUUAUUCUUAUCAAUAUUACUGGUAAUAGUUAUGUUAAUUAAAAGCCGUCUUCGAUUCGUUAUUUCUGUGCUCGCUUCUGCUCUCUUGUCAAAGAUAUUGCACAUUUGUAAAAGCAACAACAUGGCUAUCGAGUUUAAUUUCUGCAAGAGAGUGCUUCAGUGCUACCAAGUUUUUUUGCAUGUUUUAGAUCAGUUUCACUAUUUUGAAUGGUUCAAAUGGCAAGCGAACAUGAAAAUUUCUUUUUGAUUUCCUUGUAUUUCUAAAACAUAAGAUUUAAAAUCAAAUAUAGUAAUUUAUAGCAAAUAAAAAUUAAGGGUUAAGGAACAUUUUUUAACGCAAAAAAAACAUUUCUCCACUUAGAAAAAAUUAUUGCACCAUUGCGCAUGCGUCAGAAAGCAUGUUAGCGGAUUUCUGCAGCAAAUAUGCUCUCCAUUUGUUCGUUCGAUUCGCUGGAGUGUAGCACCUGCAAUCGAAGACAGCUAAAGUUAGUCUAUAUGUAUGGCGGUUAAAUUACAGAUUUUAAUCAUCAUGGGGGGUUCUUACUCGUUUACGGAGUUUCACAACUGAAUUCAAAAUCUAAAAAAGAAAAAUAAACCGUAAAACAAAGUUCCAUUCUAAUCGGCGUGUAUACGAACUUGUAAAGUUUCUUCAACUCGAUAGUUUGGCUUCUACAUAAUAACGAAUUAUUGCAGCAUAAUUUCUAUGGAUUUUUAUUAAUUUUCAUUACUAAAAAUUUAGCAUGAAAAGACUGAACAAAUGAAAUUUAAUACAAGAUUGAACAAUAUCAAGAAAUGAUUAACUUAAGUAUGCCUAAAUGCGUUGGCUUUUGCGGCAUUCAAACCACUUAAACUUACAAGCAUCAUCACCUUUCUGCAAAAGGGUAAUACAGAAAAGAGAUUGAACACCAGUAGAUCAGCGCUCAUAAGCUACGCACUGGUGUUAAACAGUUCCAAUGGUGCUCAAACAAAGCGCAGCAACUAACUAACUAAUCCGAUUGAUUAAUUAACUAAUUAAUAAACUAAUCCGCUAUGAUUGAUUGAGAAAUACACAGAGAGCAUAAAAUCAACACAUUUAAAAUAGUGAAUUUGUGAAUUUUAUUUAUCUAGAGUAAUGUAAGAUAGCAGCAGAUGAGCAGUGAGACCGUUACAUGUAAUUUUAUUGAUUUUUAUAUAUGUAUGUGGAAAUUGAUUUAAGCGCAUUUAUGUAAAAAUGUUAAGUAAACAAAAGGGCUAAAAUACAUACAAAUAUACAUGCAAAUGUUUAACUGUAAUUUAUAGUUAAGUGUAACUGUAAACUAAAUAUUGGUAAACUGCUAAACUAACAGGAAACGAAAAAGCCGUCACAGUGAGAGAAGAGUGUGCAGUAAAUAUGAAAUGGCGUUGCCAGCUGAACAUGUGUGCAUACGAGAAUCACUUCAACUAAAUUUUUAGGAAAUAAAAGCGUAAAACAAAACAUUUGCAUUAAAAUAUGUGUAAAAAAAACAAAGAAGAAAGUCCUGCUGACAUACAUAUGUAUAUGUAUGUGUAAAUUUACAGUUGAUGAAAAGAGUUAAAGUUAAUUAAAACAAAGCACUACAGCAUCCCUAAAUACAACUAAGCAACUUUGAUUGUAAAUCAGCAUUUUUAAUAUGUAUUUAUAUGAGGAGACCAGAGUUGCAUAACUGCGCCUCUAACUGUAUCAUAAGCAUUUUAAGCAAAUAACGCUCAUGAGAUGUAUGUAUGUAUGCAUGCUUGUAUUUCGAAAAUGUACAUUACUAAAAAUUAUGAGAUAAAAUAAGCUUAAUUGAAUGCAAGCAAGCGUUUGCGUGCACUUAACGCUGCAGCAAAGUAGACACUGAGUAAGAAUUAUUAUUAUUAUUUUUGUUUCCGUUAAUUCUAAGCACUGCAGAUUCACAUAUAAAUACAUACAUAUAUGUAUAUAUGUAACUACUUGCAUACAAGUAUUUUCGAGCAAGCGCAAACUAUGUUAAACGUUAGUAGUUAAAAUGUAAUGAAUUAAACUAAAGUAAUCGAUUUGAUGCAGCACGUGCGAAUGGUAAGAAUAUUUUGAAAAAAUAUUUAAAAUAAUAAUAGUGCAUAUUAAUAAAAAAAAAAA